UGAAUAAUGAUGAGUCACUACCACUGGUAGUGGCCUGCCGCAAACUUAUCUUCCAUCGACUGCAUGGGAGGCUCUUUUACGUGCUGUACGUGAUCGUUCUUUAUUUGGCGUACACAGAAUUUACAACACAAAUUUUCGGCUCGACUGACACUGAGUGAGUGACAGCAUAUCUUUCUGAAAAGAAAAUGGCGAUGUUAGGUGACCUGUACGUCAAUGCGACCACCGUGUUGGUUGCAUUGACAACUCUGGCUGCCUUUGCUUUGUACAAGAGCUCGAAGCGACCGGCUAACUUUCCUCCAGGACCGUUUGCUCUGCCUCUGCUUGGGAAUGUUACAACAUUUCUGUCCAAAACGACUUUGGAGGCCAUGGGCGAUCUGCAUAAGCAGUACGGAGAUGUCUUCUCACUGAAGGUUGGUAGCUUGAACAUGAUCGUACUGAACAGUAUUGAGAUCGUCCGAGAAGCACUAGUGAAGAAGGCUGUCGAGUUCGCGGGACGACCGAUGUCAUACUCGGUUGAGAUUUUCUCCGAAGGAUACAAAGAUAUUGUGUUUUCAAACUACGGUCCACAGUGGCGCUACCAGCGCAAGCUUGGCCACACAGCCAUCCGCCAUUUUGUGCAGAAGGACCAAUUGGAGAAGCUUGUCUUCAGCGUCACUCCUAAAAUUGCAGCAGUUCUGGAUGAAAUUGGGGACAAGCCGUUUGCACCCAAGUACACCAUCGGUCAGAUUGUGUACAAUAUCUUGGCUGCCUUAUGCUUCGGCAAACAGUACGAGUUCAACCAGCCUGAACUGUUGGAGUGGAUUCAGUUGAAUGUCGAUGUACAGAACGCCUUCGGCAAUGGUCUGAUAGGUGACUACUUCCCAGCCUUGACUUUCAUUCAAACUCCAAAUGAAAAGAGAGUUCGGAAACUCCUCGCGGACAUGCUUGGGGUGUUCCACAAGGAGUUGAAGGCACACAAGGAGAAGUUUGAUCCAGAAAACGUGCGUGACUUCUUUGACUCGUUGCUGUUGACCCAGAAGCAGGCAAUAGAAGCUGGGGAGGAGGAAGCCGAACACAUCACCGAUACUCACAUUUGUCAGACAGUCUUCGACAUUUUCGGAGCUGGAACUGAGACUACCAUUGUCACCCUUCACUGGGCGGUGGGUCUCUUGGCCGAGAAUCCGGACAUCCAGGAGAAGGUUGCCAAGGAGAUUGAUGACGUCCUGGGUCACGAUACGCUCCCCUCGUUGGACGACCGCGGCUCGAUGCCUUACACCGAGGCCACCGUUCUGGAGAUAUUCCGCCAGGGUUCGGUGGCGCCUUUGGGAGUUCCCCAUUCAACCAUGUCGGACACUACGUUGGCUGGAUACAACAUCCCCAAAGAUACCACAGUGAUGAUCAAUCAUCUUGCUAUUCACAACGACCCAACACAGUGGUCUGAGCCGGAGAAGUUUAAACCAGAGCGUUUCUUGGACGACAACGGUCAACUGCUCAAAAAGCUCCCAGAGAGCUUUCUCCCAUUCAGCACCGGACGUCGCGUCUGCCUCGGCGAAGACUUUGCCAAGAAAGAAGUCUUCUUGCUCUUCACUUGGCUGUUUGGCCGGUACGCCUUCUACAAGGUACCGGGCAAGGAGUCGGAGUCUCUCUUGACUAUCAACAAGGUGGCGGCCUUGACUCACCAGCCUGUUGAUGAGAUGGAAGUAUGCGUCAAGAAGCGAUAUUAAUCACCCUCAUCGAAGGGUAUAUACUUGGAAGUUUCCUCAAGUUGUUUCUGAUACCUAUAUCGCCAAAUUAAAGUCGAUAGAAAUAAUAGAAUUUAUUGAUGCAUGUCGCCAACAGUUGCUUCCUCUAAGGUUGGGAAACCUAAGAUUGUCCUCACACAGCUCGGAACAU